UAUCCAUGUUUUGUUUUAUGGCGUGACUGACUCCAUCUGGUGUAGUGUCAUGGGUGGUCACAGUGAUGGGGUAACACUCACUUUUAAUGAUUCAUCAUGGACUACAGUAUUCGUCGGCGUAUAAGAGGGGCUCGAGGAUGGAAGCUGAAGGGUGAACAGUUUGAGGCCAUAGCGACUGUAAUCUUGAGAGUCCCCGGCUAUUUUAUUCUCGAUUAUUGGUAUCAAAAUGAUAUUCGCAACUGUAUUCCUCGAUCCUUGGCUUGGGCGGACGUUGUAUCGUCUGGGUUUGCAAUAUUUGCGGUGAUCCAGGGUGUAUUGGUGCUGUUGUUACCCCUAGAACAACUAGUCAGUUUAUACAUGCAUUACCUCACCAUCGCUGUCCUGGCUGCAGCCGAUACUUUCUCCAAUUAUUAUAUUGAAGGUGAAAAGCAUCUGGUGAAUCAGUGGCCAGAUUAUGGUACUGUCAGUUUCCAGGGAUUCUCAAAUAUGCUGAUGCUGCAGAAGUCCUUGUUUGACCCUCAUAAUGAUAUGGAAACACUGUACCUGAGACAACAAGUUGCAGCGAUUGUAUUUCACACACUGGUGGCCACGUUUGUAACAUUCUUCCUGGACUUAGAGUGUAACAAGGAUAAGAUCCUGCUGCUUGUGUAUCUUGUGCCUGUGUUUGCCCGGCUAGCUGGCUUCCCAGUGACGGAGCUUCACUUGACACACAACUUUGCCUCUUGUUUUGUUAUAUUCUUGACUGUACAGUAUAUAUUCCUGUGUGUUCCUCAUGUGUUCAGGUUCUUGAAGCACAUAUAUGGUACUCUGAUGGAGAUGAUUGAACUGUAUGGGCCUCUGGGGGUCAUAAUUACGCUCUGGAGUCGACUAUUUGUUCCUAUACAGUUACUUAUAUUCUGGUUGAUGCUUUUUACUACACAGCUGUACAACCAUUAUUUGCCUUCUCAUAACACAGCUGUAGCUUCUAAGCCUGGGACAGUUAUCACAUCAUCUGGUGGUGCUAUGGCUGGUGUAGCUUCAGCAGUAACUGGUCAAGGGGCAUCAGUAGGGACUGCCAGCACACCAUCAAUGGGAAGCACAACACAGAGUGAGAUGUGGUACUUGGUAGUAGUGCAGAGCGCUGCUGAGGUAUGUUACACACCACUUAUGUUGGCUGGCACGUGUGUGGCAGUCUCUUAUGCUUCACGGAUUAUUUUGUCUAUCACUAGAACAUACACGGCCGGUCCCGGAGCUGCACCACUGCCGGAUGACCUGGUACACUCCGGCUGGACGGAGGGAGUCACCAUGGCUCUCCUGGCUGUACAGACUUCACUAUUAAACAUGGCUAUGCCUGAGCGUUUGGCAGUUUUAUCCAUAAUAUUGCUAAUUGUUGUAUCCUCAUUGGUCCAGAGUAUGUAUGAAAUUGUUGAGCCAGUAGUUCUGGCCCUCAGUGCUCAGGGUGUGGCAUCCAUAUCUCGGCACGCUCGGGCAGUGACUGCGUGCUUACUUUUGCUGCUGCUUCCAUUGUACAUGGUAUAUAUGUUCACUCUCAUAUUUGAGCAAGACUUUUGGUUGCUUCUUGUUGUAUCUACAAGCAUCAUGACUUCUGUACAAGUAUUAGGUCUCUUAGCCACUUAUAUACUACUUACAUGGGAUGCUGUUUGUGCUCAACCUUGGCCAGGCUUAGAUGACUUGGUUUAUUACACUAGAGCAACUACAAGGGUUUUUGAGUUUAUUGUGGCUGUGUUUGUUGUAGGUGCUGGAGUCAAGGAGUCUAUAACAGGCCAGUGGUCAUGGAUCAAUGCAGUUGUAUUGCUUAUUCACUGUUACUUUAAUGUUUGGCAACGUCUUCAACAAGGGUGGAAGAGUUUUUUGCUAAGAUUAGAGGCAGCCAAAAAGAUAUCGGCUCUACCCGAAGCUUCCCAGGAACAGUUGGAAGCCCAUAAUGAUGUUUGUGCCAUUUGUUAUGCAGAAAUGACUUCAGCCAGAACUACUCACUGUAAUCACCUGUUUCAUGGUCCCUGCCUACGCAAGUGGCUCUACGUGCAAGAUAAAUGUCCCAUGUGUCAUGCUCCAAUUACUCUCAAGGAUACAGAUAUUACUGGGAAUGCCAAGCCUGACUCCUCUGAUGCCCUUCAACCACCACCCGAAUCUAUAGAGACAGAACUGGGUGCUAACAUUCCAUUGCCUGAUGAUGGGGAAAAUGAUGAUUUAAGUCUUCUAAAUACUGAUGAUGACGAUGAUGAUGAUGAUGAUGAUGAUGAUGAUGAUGAUGAACAAGAAGGGGAGGCCAUGUUGAAUGAACAGCUAAUAGAGAUGGAUGGAGGUAGAGGGAACACGUAUUAGUCAAGUUUUAGUAUAAAGCAGGUAUCCUGUAAUAGCUCGAAUGUCUUAUAGUCAUGUGUACAGAUGAUGAGUACUGUAAUGUUAAGUGAAGUAUCGAACAUGUUAAUACAUUAAGGUCUGAAUUUUCAAAGGGUUGUACUUGAAAUGUUUAAGAUAAAUAUGGAGAUAUGUGUAUGCAUCCCGCUGCCUCCUUUAACACUUGCUAUAGAGAUAAUAGCCAUAAUGAUACUGCUACUGCUGUGAGACUACCAUAUGGCAAGAAUUACCAUUUGAAACUUUUGAGAAUCUGGUUUCAGUAUCAGGGAUGGAGUACCUGUAUUCGGUAUUUGUAUUCGAAUGCAUUAUUCUUAGAAAUCCAAGUAUUUGCAUUCCUAUUCGAAUCCUCGGGCAAAGUAUUCAUAUUUGUAGGAUAAUCUGAAGAAUAAUAAUUAUUUUCUUGAUAGAAAUAACCAUACACUUGGCUGCUGAAUUUACUUUGUAUCAGAGAGAGAGAGAGUUUUUUGGAUGUACAGUCACUCAAAAAACUAUAUCUACUAGGGGGGGUGAAUUUCAGAAUGAACACUGCAACUCCUGGUGGUCUCGGCAGGGUUGCCGAACUCCAUUGUCCGUGUCAUAUUUUUUCAACACAAUUUUGUAUAUAAAAAUUUUUGAGUGACUGUACAUUCGGCUUAUUAAAUCCGUGACCCGAGUCACCCGAUAAGCUACCGGUAUAUAUCAUACAUUUAAAUUAGAAAUUUAAACAAACCGUUGGUAAAUAUCAUACAACUCUCAACGGUCAUCGCUUUGGUGAGUAGGCUACUGGUGAUGCGUUUGAAUCGUGUGAGAUGAAUGCAUAUGUACAGUGGGGUAUGCUAUAACGAACGGAUCCUACUACGAAUAUUCCUAUAACGAACCGUUUUACCUAUAAAAUUGAGAAUGCUAUAACGAACGAAACUCCUACAACGAACAUUAUU